AUGACUAGAAGAGAAUCAAAUAAAACACCCCCAGAAAUACGCGAAAUGCCGCCAAAAGUCCUCGUCGUCCUCACAUCCCAGUCGUUCAUCCCCGUCAACCGAUCUCCCACAGGAUGGUACCUUCCAGAACUAGCCCACUUCUACGCCGUCGUCAAAGAUAAAGUCGAAUUGACCUUCGCUUCGCCCAAGGGCGGCGAAGCCCCCCUGGACCCGGCCUCAGUCAAGGCAUCCCAGAACGAUCCCAUCUCGACCUCAUUCCUGAACGAGGAGAGACAUCUCUGGGCGAAUACGCAUAAACUAGCCGAGCUGGUACCGCGGGCGUUGGAUUUUGAGGCGAUUUAUUUCGUUGGUGGUCAUGGACCAAUGUUCGACCUGACUAGCGACAUUGUCUCAUUAGCAAUCAUCCAGACCCUCUCAUCGGCCCGCAAAAUCGUCGCAGCCGUCUGCCACGGUCCCGCGGCUCUGGUCAACGCAACCACGCCCACCGGCACGUCUCUGAUCCAAGGAUCAACAAUCACCGCAUUCUCCAAUGAAGAAGAGGACCUGAUGAACGCGUCUGCCGCGAUGCCAUUCCCGUUGGAGACACAGCUGAAUCGUCUCUCCGGGGGUGGGUAUAUGAAGGCCGAGAAGCCUGGGGAAGGAAAAGUGGUUAUUUCAGAGACGGCGUCAGGGGGGCCGUUGGUGACGGGGCAGAACCCGGCGAGUACGAAGAGGCUUGCGGAGGUUGUGUUGAGAUUUCUGGGGGUAUAG